CGUCGCGCGCGGAAGGCGGAAGGCAUCACGCGGUGGGUAGAGCGGUCUACUGUGGGGACCAGGGCGCGCUGAGACCCGGGCAGCCUCUUCCCUUGGAACACUGGCUGCGGACUCUUCUUCCCAACCCCCCUUACGCGCGUGAGCAGCCAGCCAAUGUGGAACAAUGGCACUGAGCCACUCCGUGAAGGAGCGAACCAUCUCUGAGAACAGUCUGGUCAUCCUGUUGCAGGGCCUCCAGGGCCAGAUAACCACGGUGGACCUUCGAGAUGAGAGUUCGGCUCGAGGACGAAUUGACAAUGUUGAUGCUUUCAUGAACAUCCGACUGGCCAAUGUCACCUAUACCGACCGCUGGGGACAUCAAGUUGAGCUGGAUGACCUCUUUGUGACAGGCCGUAAUGUCCGAUAUGUCCAUAUCCCAGAUGACGUGAACAUCACUGCCACCAUCGAGCAGCAGCUGCAGAUCAUCCAUCGUGUGCGCAACUUUGGUGGCAAGGGUCAAGGUCGACGAGAGUUUCCCUCCAAAAAGCUGUGAAGCCGUGUCCUCAUUGAACUUCGAGCGCUACCUCAGGGUCCUCCAGUGUUCUGAGCCAACUCCCUGCUAUCCUUCCCUACCAGUGACCUGGUAUCUAUCUGAGAGACACCUGUUCCACUUUUCAGACACACUCUGGGACCCAGAAUUCCUUCUGUCUGUGACCUUGGGGUAGGUGACAAUCCCUCUUUUUGAUCAUUUGUAUCUGGAAUCUCCAUUUAUGGAUUGACCACGUCUAUCAAUGAGUAAUCAACUCUGCCAGCGAGGAUUAUUGUGCCCUAACUUUCUACUUCUCUUGGCAUUUGUUUCUUUUCUCAUAAAACCAACCUUGGAUACAUCUUAA